CGUCAGUGUGUGGGUGCAGCUCUUCUUCCUCCUUUGUAUCUCAUCAGUCUCUUCUGAAGGAGGUAAAUCACAGAGUCCCUCGGACACACAAACUGAGCACUGCAGAAUCUGUCUGAGAUCAUCCCGAACCAUGACAGAAAUCGGAAUGACCCCGUCCCUCAACCUGUCCUCAGAAAACAACCAGACAAAUGGUCACUGUGAAGAAAUUGACACGCCGGGCCGUAUUUACUUCACUGUGGUCUACAGUCUGGUGUUUCUGGUGGGUUUAGUCCUCAACGGAUUCACCCUGAGGUUUUACUUCUGCAGCGCCCAGCAGCAGACAUCAAACAGCGUGACCAUCUACCUGAAGAACCUGGCAGCUGCAGACUACCUAAUCACCCUCUGCCUCCCCUUAAGAAUCAGCCACUUCUCCAGCCGCUCAAUCACCUUGUUCAGGGUCUACUGCAACUUUGGCGCCUCUGCGUUUUACCUGAACAUGUACGCCAGCAUCCUGUUCAUGGGUUACAUCGCAGCAAACAGGUAUCUAAAGAUCGUCCAUCCUUUAGGGAAUCACAUCCUUCAGACAGUGCGAGCCGCCCACAUCAUCUCAACGGUAACCUGGGUUCUCCUCUUGGCCAUAAUGACCACCUACGUCACCCUGUCGUUUAUCCUCGCCAAUACAUCACUGCCAUCUCUUCCAAAUACAUUGAGCUGUGAUGUUCUGCACAGUAAAAAGCUCAGCCCCUUCUACAAUUUCAUCAUUAUCUUCACUGCAGCCGCCUUCAUCAUCGUGUUCGUCUCCCUCAUCUUCUUCUACCACGGCACCUCCCGCAGGCUGUCAGAAGCACAGCAGAGACAGCAGGCGUCCUCCGGAUCCAAGAAGCUCGCCAAGUCCCGCAGGAACAUGUUGGUGCUGGUCAGCGUCUUCUGCGUCUGCUUCGUCCCGUACCACCUGGUCCGCCUGCUGUACGCUUUCCUGAUGAGGCACUGCUCAUGGGGGCAGGCCUUCUUCUACCUGAAGGAGCUGACCGUCAUGGUGUCUAUCUUCAACGUCUGCCUGGACCCGCUCAUCUAUUUCAUCUUCUGUAAAGCCUUCAGGGCCCAGCUGAGGAGAAGUGUUCGGGGACGUACACAGAGGGCUGGCUAAAAGAAGGAGCAACAAAAGUUGGAUGAGAACCUCUUUAACCAGCAAAAUAUGACAGAGAGGUUGUUGUCUUGUUGAACAGACAUUGUGUUCACUGACAUCAGUAAAUUUAACAUUUUCUUUCAGUAUAGGUUUUAAUGUGUUCAGACCAUGUUAGCAGGAUGGUAUUUUUGUCUGCAGGUCGUGCUGCUCGUUGCAACUCCACUACGGUCCUCAGGACACAAUAAAGGAACACCAGCCGGUAUCCUUCCUUCCAAGCCAAAUCCAGAAACACCCUUCCCUUAACUCCUCAGCCAGUUCCUUACAAUAUUUUUAACAUUUUGCCUUUAUUUGACGGGAGAACUGUAGAGUAUCAGGAAAACCUUGGGAAGGAACAGCAGGGAGGGCAUGUGGCAGAGAGUCGAGGGAAGCGUGAAGUGAUUACUUCACAGGUUAUGCACUGAGGACUCAGACACUUGGACACACACUCAACCCAGCUCCACCUCAGCCAGUUUCUUGAGUGCCUACCGCUUUUAUGAUCUUGUGACUUGGAGCUAUUUGUUUUGCACCAAUUGUUUUUCACUAAAACAUCAAAUCAAAUUCCUUGUAUGUUAUUGUACUUGGCAAUAAAUUCCAAUUCUGAUU